UAAAGUAAAGCAAAGCUAAGCAUAUAAAAAGGCGAAGAACAGGCAGACAGAGAAGAGAAGAGAAGAGUGUGUUGAUGUGUGUGUGUAAAUGAAUGUGUAAGCAAAGCAAGGAAGGAAAGAAGUGCCGACGGUGAAAGGAAAGAGAGAUAUAAAUAUAAAACCAGCAACUAGUGUUAGACACGCUCGUUUCAGUCGCUGGCUCUACUCUCCUCCCCAAACCCGUUUACGUUUUGCCCUAAGUUCAGUUUGAAACAAAGGCCAACAACCAGGUUCAAUCAACUUCAACUCCAACUCCGCCUGAAAGUAGACAAUUGAUUAUUGAUUUUGUCUUACCAACCAACCAACAAGCAAAGCAAAACACAAAUAAAAAAAACACCUAAACGGAACAAAACUCUCAAUCAAACGAAAAUUCAGUGUUGUACAAUGUUGACAGUUCCAAAAUAGUGUUGGACAAUGAAGUGUCAAACUGAAAACGGUGAAGAAUUGAAUUGAGAAAGAGAAAUCAAAUCGAAACCAAAACUUAAUUACCCCUUCCUUGCAAAAGAGCAAACGAACCUUGCCCCAAACCUCAGCUCUCUCUACCCUAUCAUAGUAUUUAGUGGUGUUGUUGCUGACGGGUUUUUUGGUUGGUGGUUCUCCCCUCCAAAGUUUCCUUCUGCCCCACUCUGUACGCCAUCGAAGUCAAAAUAAGCCGCUUAAUUGAUAAACUGCGUCAGAUCAACAAAAAGAAAAUGUUCUUCUCGCUGGCCCAGACCCUAGUCUGUGUGCUGCUCAUCCAAGGCGGCCUCUAUGCUUUGCAUUUGAGCGGCAAUGGCGAGAAGGCUUCCGGCCUCUCCUCUUCCUCGUCCUCCACUUCCUCUGCCUCAGCCAUCUCUUCCUCCUCCGGUUCCAAUAUGAUUGGCGGUGGUCUGGGUGGAGUUGGAUCGACAGGAGCUAUCUCCGCGUCGAGCAAUUGGCAGCCCCAGCAACAUCCUGGUGGAGCUCCUCCAGGCGGCGGUAGCCAGCACCCGCAUCCGCAUCCCCAUCAUCGUUCGGCUGCAGCGGCUGCCUUUGAUGCCACCACUGGACGUUUGAAUAAGGAGCUAGCCGAUAUGGCCCAAUUGGAGCGAGAGCGUCUUAUGCUCUUGGGUUUAGCCAAGCAGACGGCAGAACAGACCGGUCCGGCUGGACCGCCAACAGCAGGUCAUCAUGGUCGACCCAUAAUAGCCGGACGCAUACAAAUGCAGCCCACUGAGGAUCUAGAGGCCGGAGAUGAUUAUCCCUCACUGUUGCAACAGGCGGCCAGGAAUUUCAUGUUUGGCAGCAUUCAAAAGCAACCGCCUGCUCCCCCACUUGUCGGUCCCAAUUCUAAUCUAGAUGAGGAUUAUGAGCAAUUAAGGGAGUAUGGUCGACGUCCGGUUAAGUAUGAUUAUGGUCGAGUUGUUCAGCCCAUGGAUAGAGAGCGCUUGGAACCGGAUACCGAAACGGAAUAUGAGCCGCUCCAUUCAUUUGGUGAUUUUGAUGACUUUUCGGAAUUGGAACCCCUGGAGCCAGUACAUUUGGGUGAGGAUGAGCUUCUGCGUGAGUUAGAUGCCUAUCAGUAUCAUGGCCUAGAGGAUGAGGGUCUCCCCGAAAAUCCUUAUCGCUCAUUGGAACAGCAAUUAGAGCUGAAUGCCCCAGAUGCAUUGCAGCAACUAUUCGAACCUCAAUCGCAACCAGAGACGCAACGUGAUGCACCGGCUCCACCCAAACUGAGAACCCAUUCCCCCAAUUCCAACUACAACAUACGCAUGCAACAGAAGUGGGCCAGAAAGAGGGCCCAAGGACAACAGCAGCCCCAGCUGCCCUUGCAGCGUAACAUUUUUGGCCAACAUUUCAAGCAGCAGCAGCAGCAACAACGUGGAAAACUUGCAUUAGCCAACUCAGAGGCAACAGCCAGCAAACACCUGAAGGCUUCGACACGCUCGGGUAGCAUCAGCAACAGUCAGGAUAAUGAAAAGUCCACAAAUGACGGUUCUUCGCAAAAGUCACAUGAAUCAGCAGCAGCAGCAGCAGCUGGAGCGGUAGUAGGAGCAGCAGCAGCUAGCACAUUAGAGCAAGAGAAAAAGGAGCAAAAGGAGCAGCAGCAGCAACAACAACAACAGCAGCAAAAGGAUCACAAGGAGCCAAAUCAUAAGCGUUCGGGUGGUUCUGGCACAGCUGGCUAUGCUGCACCACCUGUUUCCCAUAGCAUAGCUAGCCAAUUGAUGCUGCGCACGGCCCGCGGUCAAAGGCAAUACGAUGUGCCACAAAUCGAAUGUCCCACCGCCAUGGAUGGCAUGGAGAGAUUUGCCUGUCCCACACCAGAUCUCCAGGGACGCUAUCGUUGCAUAGAUGAUCAUGUGCUGUGCGAUGGUUUUAUCGAUUGCCCCGAGGGCGAGGAUGAGGAUAGAAGAUCCUGCAUGUUCUAUAAGACGACGAAAGCUCAUUUGGAUGUGUUAGCAGAUGCGUUACUACGUUGGGCGCGAGGGCGUUAAGUUGUUGCCCAACCCACCCACAAACACACACAAAUACACACACACACAGAAACACAUACAAACAAAUACUUAAUACAAAGAGACACAUAGCAAAACCCACGUUAAACAUAAAUUACAAUUAGUUUUAACAAAUUAAACCUAUUAAGUUUAAACCAGGCCACACACACAAACACACACACAAAUAAACAUACAAACACUGACACACAGACACAAACACUCACACACACACACAACCACCGCCUGCUCUAUGAAAAAUCCUACAACAACAAGAAAAAGACAAGUUAAACAAUUUGCCAAGUCAAAA